AUGGUGCCCCUGCUGGUGCUGCUGCUGCCCCUGCUGUGGGGGGGGUCCCUGCAGGAGAAGCAAGGGUACGAGCUCCGCGUGCAGGAAUCAGUGACGGUGCAGGCGUGCCUGGGAGUCCACGUGCGCUGCUCCUUCUCCUACCCCUACCCCUGGAGUUCAUGGUAUUUCCCUCCCCCACCCUACAUCUAUUGGUUCCGGGACAACGUAAACACUGAACCUGUGGCCACAAACAACCCAAACAGACGAGUGAAGCCAGAGACCCGGGGUCGAUUCCGCCUCCUAGGGGAUCCCAGAAACAACGACUGCUCCCUGAGCAUCAGAGACGCCAGGAUGAGUGACACAGGAGUGUACCUCUUCCGAGUGGAGAGAGAACCUGGUGUGAGAUACACUUACAGAGAUAACAGGCUGAAGUUGCAGGUGACAGCGCCAGCAGGGAAUCCCAACAUCCACUUUCUGGAGCCUCUGGAGUCCGGCCGCCCCACAAACCUGACCUGCAGCCUGUCACUAGUUUGUGAAGUGGGGCGGUUUCUCCUGUUCUCCUGGGUGGGGGAUGCCCUUGAUGCGGUGAACACAGAGGCCCUCCACUCCUCGGUACUCACCCUCACCCCGAGGCCCCAGGACCAUGGCACCAACCUCACCUGUUGUGUGGAACUCCGAGGAGCUCUGGUGACCAUGGAGAGAACCAUCCGACUCAGUGUCUCCUAUGCUCCGUGGAACCUCACCAUCAGCAUCUCCUUCAGAAACGUCACAGCCCUCAAGAUUCUGCAAAACACCUCGUCCCUUCUCAUCUCGGAGGGUCAGGCUCUGCAGCUGCUCUGUGUUGCUGACAGCAACCCCCCUGCACAGCUGAGCUGGUUCCGGGGGUCCCCAGCCCUAAAGCCCACCCCCAUCUCCAAUACCAGGAUCCUGGAGCUGCCAGGCUUAGGAGCUGCAGAAAGAGAAUUCACCUGCCGAGCUCAGAACACUCUGGGCUCACAAAAUACCUCUCUGAGCCUCUCUGUGUUCUCCCCACCACAGCUUCUGGGCCCCUCCUGCUCCCAGGAGGAGGAGGGUCUGCAGUGCAGCUGCUCCUCCAGAGCCCAGCCGGCCCCCUCCCUGCACUGGUGGCUGGCAGAGGGGCUGCUGGAGGAGAAUUUCAGCAAUGCCUCCUUCAAGGUCACCUCCAGCUCCUCUGAGCCCUGGGCCAACAGCUCCCUGAGCCUCACUGGGGGGCUCCGCUCUGGCCUCAGACUCACCUGCGAAGCCCGGAAUAUUCACGGGGCCCAGAGAGCCACUGUCCUGCUGCUGCCAGGGAAACCGGCAUCCCUGACUGGAGUGGUUCCUGCGGCUCUUGGAGGCGCUGGUGGCAUGGCCCUGCUGUCACUGUGUUUGUGCCUUAUCUUCUUUUGCAUAGUGAAAGCCCGCAGAAAGCAGGCAGCCAGCAGACAAGAGCAUGUGGACGAUGAAGACCCUGUCAUGGGUACCGUUUCCUGGGGUUGCAGGCAAAAGCCCUGGGCAGAGGGCCCCCCAGACCAGAGGUCAUCCCCUGCAGAGGAUGCCCUGCCCUCAGGGGAGCAGCAGGAGCUCCAUUACGCCUCCCUCAGCUUUCACGGGAUGAAGUCUUGGGAGACUUCAGACCAGGAGGCCACCAGCACCAGCGAGUACUCAGAGAUCAAAACAAGCUAAUUGGGACUCGCCCAGAGCUUGAUCCUGGCUGGAGGAAUCACAGCCUGUGUGGGGAAAAGGAGAAGCCAGGGGCUAGUUAAUGAAGCCUUUGUGGCAAUAUUAGCAUUAUUGUAUGAGUGUCCCCCAAUAGGGCAGAAAGCAGGCAGGUGAUGGAAUUAGAGAGACUUGGGCUCACAUGCAGGUUCCAGCACUUCCUAAGGCAUCGUUAGCAAGCAAUUCACUUCAUCUCUUUGUGUCUAAGUUCUCCUUUCUGUAGUCGGAGAUCAUGUGUCCUACCUCAAAGUUCAGUGAUCAUUAAAGUAAGAGCACAUAAAAAUCAACCAACAGUACCUUUUUUUUUUUUUUUAGAUUCUGUAUAUAUGAGUUAGCAUACAAUAUUUGUUUUUCUCUUUCUGGCUUACUUCACUCUUUAUGACAGACUCUAGGUCUAUCCACCUCAUCAUAUAUAGCUCCAUUUCAUUCCUUUUUAUGGCUGAGUAAUAUUCCACUGUAUAUAUGUGCCACAUCUUCUUUAUCCAUUAAUCUGUUGAUGGACAUUUAGACUGGAGGACACAGGGUUGGGGGGUGCCGGCGGCGAAGGGGAAGCUGGGACGAAGUGAGAGACUAGCAUAGACAUAUAUACACUACCAACUGUAAAAUAGAUAGCUAGUGGGAAGUUGCUGUAUAACAAAGGGAAGUCAACUCGAUGAUGGGUGAUGCCCUAGAGGGCCAGGACAGGGAGAGAGGGAAGGAAUUGCGGGAGGGAGGGGAUAUGGGGAUAUAUGUACAAAUACAGCUGAUUCACUUUGGUGUACCUCAAAAGCUGCUACAAGAGUGUAAAGCAAUUAUAUUGCA